AUGUCUGUAGCACUAUCCCGAGCGCGGAGCAGAAGUCGGGCACCGAGCACCAGAGCGCCGUUAACAUCACAGCCCAUCGUUGUGGAUGUUCCGCGAAGUGGGGCUAAAUCACCACUCAUCAUUGAUGUGCCAGCACCAGCACCCCGCGCAAGGAGCAGAAGCGUGCGUAGCAUGCGCGAACCCAUGGUCGACGCACCUGGACUCAGUGGUGGAAGGGGCAUGUUCAAGAGGUUGAUUGUUGCGUGUGACGGAACUUGGCUAAACUCGGACGAUGGAACCAAGAACGGUACUCUCUCCAUCCCAAGCAAUAUCACUCGCAUAUCAAGAGCCAUCAAGGCAGUCAGUCAGGACGGUAUCCAGCAGAUUGUCAACUAUCACCAAGGUCUUGGGACCGAAGGCGGAAAGCUCUCGAGAUUGGUUGGGGGUGCUACGGGCAAGGGCCUGAGCGAUGAUGUUCGGGAGGCCUAUUCGUUUCUUGCCAACAACUAUCACCCAGGAGACGAAAUUUUCUUACUAGGGUUUUCGAGAGGCGCGUUUACUGCGCGCAGCAUCGGCGGCUUAAUCGGAGAGAUUGGACUUCUCACAAAGAAGGGCUUGAACACGCUACCGGAAGUGUAUGAAGAUGUUCAAAAUCGACGGAACCCCGACUACCGCCCGAAGCACGAGGAUGUACCUUUCCCGCGGAAACCAAGCGCAGAUGAUCCACGAUACGCAGAAGAACUGGAACGCAGAGGAUUGACCAGACUCGACAUUCCAAUCAAAUGCAUAGCUGUGUGGGACACUGUCGGCAGUCUCGGCAUACCGCGGAUCGGAAAGCUGCAGCGCUUGGGUCUACAGAUGAAGCAGUCAAAAGCAACGACUUUCUACGACACCAAGUUGUCUAAUUGCAUUGAGAAUGCAUUCCAAGCGUUGGCUCUGGAUGAGAAUCGGUCGUCCUUUUCACCUGCCGUCUGGGAAAAGCCUGAGGGUAACCGUACGACGCUCCGCCAAGUAUGGUUUCCGGGUGCGCACGCGAAUGUGGGCGGUGGCUACGAUGAUAUGCAGAUUGCGAAUAUCAGUCUGGCGUGGAUGAUGAGUCAACUCGAGCCAUUCCUAGAUCUACGGUCGGAGUAUCUGUUUGAACAGGACGAUCUGAAUGAGAAGUACUACAAGAAAGAGGAAGGUGCGAUCCGACCGUGGAGCUUUGGCAAGAUCUAUAGCGAGCUGAAGGGCGCCUUUGCAAUCGGUGGUAGUACUCAACGCAAACCAGGCCAAUACACCUCCGUAGACCCCUUCUCAGGCCGCUCAACAGAACGACCUCUCCGCCAAACCAACGAAUACAUCCACCCCUCAGUCCGCACCCGCUACCGUCUGGAAGGUCCCGGAAUCCAAGACCGCGGCCUCUAUGAAGCCCGCGCCCUAACCGACAGCUACAAGCUCGUCGUCGACUACGGCGCCAAUAACUCCCGCGCCGGCGACGCAGAAGUCUACUGGAAGAUCAAAUGGAGAGACACCAUGGCCGUUAAAGUCCUCCCCGAAGCCCCUCUCUGGCGCCUCGAACGUGAACUCGCAAAACGCGAUCCGGCUACUUACGACUACAUCAAAAAGCCGCCUGCCACCGCUACUACGCGCAGUAAACGCCGCACUGCACGGCCCCUAUCUGCGGAUUUCUCAAACAGCAAAGUUGGCGGCGGACUUACGAGUCCCACUUCUACCCGCAAAGCAAGGAGGGACACGUUUUCUCCGCGGUCGACGUUCCCCGCCGAAGACCGCGCGCCGCCUAGUCGGAGGAGCACGACGAAGAUUGAGAGACCGCGCAGUAGGAGUCGCGCGCGCAGUGUCGAGUUUGCGAGUGAUCGGGAGACGGACAUCAGGGAGAGUAUGCCGCAUCGGAGGGAGAAGGAUAAGGCGUGGUGGGAGGGACGGCGGUGA